AAUAUUAAUCGCAAUAGAGCAAUUUUGUUUUAUUUUUAUGAUCAAAAUAGAUUAUUAAGUAAUCAUUUCAUUUAUUCAAGAUAAACAUUCCCAUCACCGCACCCCCAUCACUAUAAUAGUUUCUUCAUCUAGUCGCAAUGCUACCAAAUCAUGAAUAGUUGUUGUUGGCUACUAGUAAAUCAAAUGCCGCGCGCGAAUCAGAAUUUGAUUUGGUCUGUCAAAUUAUUCAACUGUCGGGAGUUUUUUUAUACGAUUUUCGGAGAUUUUUACCAUUGUGACUUAAUUUUCGUAAUAUCUGUGAACGAAGUAGAAACUUUUAACGAAAGCUGAAAAAUGGGCGUUAACACGAUGCUGGUUGCGGUGACCCUCGU